AUGAGCACCGAGCACUUGAAGGAGGUGAUUUUUGACGAUGGUCCAAUUCUUCCUGAUGAGCCAUUUCAUCGGCGGUUUUGCUCAAAAAUUUCGUUGGAAACGUUUGAAAAUAUUUUUAUAGAUCUAAUAAAAACGCUUGGAAGAAGCGAAGAAGCCGAAAAAUUGAAUUUGAAAAAUUUGAAUCGAAAAUUUCUCGAGACUUUGGUUCAAGGGUGGCGAAAAUCUAAAGAGAAAAACAAUUCAACUGACGGGGAUUUUCAGUGUCUCUUGCUUAUCGUCGAAUUUUGCUUGUCAAAUGCUUUCGAAGCGCAUUUAACUUUCGAGAAUUUGAUCUCAGCACUUGGAUUUCAUACUGUACAGUUUUGGCGUCACACCGUACCCCAUAUUUUUGACUCGGAUUUGUCACGGGGAACAAAAUACAGAGACGCUUUACUUUUCUCCCUCACUUUAUACGAUGUAAACACGGGAAAGAGUCGAUUGAAAGAACUCUAUGCAGCCGUGCCUGGUAUCAGGAAAUCGCUGCUGGGAGUGAACGCGAAGCAAUUCGUCGAACGCUUUCAUCACUUACAAAAGAGAUUAAGUCGAAGCAGCUCAACGAAUAGCUUGCGAAACUCGGCCGAGAAUCUCAAUGGGACAGUCAAACGCGGUCUCGACGAACCUCGGAAACCGAUGGGAACAACGACGAGAAUUCGUAGACCGUUUUUCAAACGGGUGGACUCCGUC